UACUUAAAUAGUUAUGCUUUGAACUUGAAUUGAGCAAUUGCUUUAUGUGAUGAUGUUGCUUAAGCAUCUUUAUUUCAUGCCCUGUUUUUCCAUUUUCAAUCCAAGAUAUCAUUUUUGUCAUCUUAUGUGUUUGUUGUUUAUGAAAUUCAUACUUAUGGGGAUCUUUAUUUUUUUUUUUGUUAUGGUAAUAAAGCUUCCAACUUUUGAUUCUUUGAUUUGAGAUUUUAACUUACAUAGUUAUGUUAUGAACUUGAAUUGAGAAAUUGCUUUGUGCAAUGAUGUUGCUUCAGCAUCUUUAUUUCAUGUCUUUUUUUGUUUUGUUGUUGCUAUCUUUAGGCCAAGAUAUCACUUUUGUUACGAGUCUCUUUUGUAGAAGCCUUUGCUUUCUUCUGCUGCGUGUAUCUUAAUUCAGGGCAUCCUAAUAUCAUGGUCGCACCAUUGAUAGCAGGACUGGCUAUAGCUGCUGUUGCAUAUGGUUCAAGGUAUGGAGUCCAGGCAUGGCAAGCAUUCAAGGCGAGACCUCCCUCUGUAAGAAUGCACAAGUUUUAUGAAGGAGGUUUUCAGCCUAAGAUGAACAGGAGGGAAGCAGCUCUCAUACUUGGAGUCAGGGAAAGUGUUCAAGCAGAUAAAGUGAGGGAAGCACAUAGGAAGGUGAUGGUAGCUAACCAUCCAGAUGCAGGAGGUAGUCACUACCUUGCUUCUAAAAUAAACGAAGCGAAAGACACUUUGCUUGGACAGACGAAGAGCAGUGGAUCCGUAUUCUAGGCUAACGAGAUUUUUCGCUGGUGCUUAGAAUUUCCAAAUCCUACACUCUAUGGAUAUUUGUGGCCAUUAGCACUAGAAUAUUGAGAAUAGAGUAUCAUUCUUCUAAACCAACAGAUGUACAUUUAGUCGGAUAACUUAGCAUUAGGGGGUAGAUCUCUUUAUUGAUUCUUCUAGCUGGUUAAAGUCUUUCAAUUUAGCUAUUCUUGAUGACAGACAACAAACAGUGUCUUGAUUAAUGCUAUGAGCAGCAACUAUAUCUUAAUCUAAGCAAGUUUCAGAGAUUGAUAAUAUGAAUUCUUACUA